AUGUUGAAAACCUUUGUGUUAAUGUGUGCAGUUUGUGUAGUGUUCAGUGCACCCCGUCCCUAUGAUAUUGGAUAUGGAUACAACUCGUAUCCAGCAGCAUCCAGUUACGUUAAAAGAUACGAUUACUAUGGGUCACCCUAUGAAUAUGGAGCUUAUGAUUCGGGAUAUGAUUCCGGAUACUUGGACGGUGACUAUGGAUAUGGUGGAUAUGGCGGAUAUGGAGGAUAUGGUGGAUAUGGUGGAUACAACACAUUAGGGUAUCCUUACAAAAAAGGAUAUGGUAGUUACUACGGAGGCAAUGGGUAUCUUUCAAAAUCGUACUUUUGA